AUGCAAACAACCGCUGCAACCGUCCUGUGUGGGCAGUGGUUCAUGCGAUCAUCGAACGUUAUUUUCUCACUGUUUGUGGCUCAAGCAGUGUUGGGAUGUGUAUGUGCCUUCUCGUUGCUGUACUCUACUGGACUUCCGUUGCACAACACCACAGAGGAGAGUAUUCGACAGAAACAAGCCAAUUCCCUCACGUAUGAAGUGAGUAAGCUCACCAGAACAUGCCAAAUCUCAAAAACAGUAUUGCAAUUUAGACUCUUCUAUGGAACACCUAUGAAUAUUAUGGAUACACAAUUAUGGAUGAAGUUAUUUGCCUAUCUUGAAAGAAUUUACUUGUUUAAAGUGAAUGCAUUGAGAUUUGCUCGAUUCGAUGGACAUUUCAUUGCCUUUUACAAUCAUACCUUUGAGAUUACUUUUGAAAAUCGAACCAAUUUUUAUCAAUUGGACAUGUUGGAUCAUAACAGAAAAACAGAAAAUUUCUCGAAUGAUUCCUCACAUUGGUGGUCGUCGUCAUCGUCAUCAUGGCCAUCCACUUCCUCCUCCUCAUGGUGGACGCGUCAACGUUUAACACAUUUAUAUGAACGACCUGUAUUGUUUGCCACUCAUUCGAGACCCAUCUUUAAAGAAUUUCAACAACGAAAUCAAACCACUCGACCUUUUUGGACCAAAGUCUUUCGAACACUCUAUGGAUUUGAUGCCAUAAAUUUUGUCAUUCCAAUUUUCAGUGAUGAUUCAUCUCGAAAUAAUAAUCACACACAGCACCAAAUGAACACCACAACACGAAGGGUCUAUGCACAUUUCAAUAUUCCUUCCCGACACAGGAAUUCUACCAUCGAGUCGAGUCCUGAACAAUUUUUUGGACUCUUUGCCAUUCAAUUCUCUUUAGGAGCUUUGAAUCAAUUUCUAAAACAAGUGUCAGAUGAAUCAGAAUAUAGAUUUAUUAUGAAUUCUAUGGGAGAGAUAUUAGCUUCAAGUUAUGAUCAUGCCUCUGAAAUUGCCUUAUUUAUUAUUCAGAAUCAUUUAUUUAGAAAUACCUCUGUAUUUAGUUAUCAAAAUAAGAGAAUUGAAACAAGACCACUAAAAGAUGAAUAUGGACUGGAUUGGGUGAUCGUUGUAGUAUUUAUAUCGAAAGGAUAUGCAGCAGAGAUUGUCAAUUAUAGUAUUACCACCAUUGUUGUAUUCAUCAUUCUCAUGACCAUUCUCUUUUUAGGAAUUUUAAUAUUUUUACAUGUUCUUGAAAAUUCCAUUCAACAAAUUACAGACUCGAUGAAUGAACUUGAAUUAUUGGGAGGAGUUGAAAAGAUUCACAAUGAAAAUUGUAAAAUUACAGAAAUUAAUGAGAUGAGAAUAUCUCUCAAUCAUUUGAAACGAGGACUUUCAGCCAUUCAAAUUUAUUUACCUCAUAUUGUGGUUGAGAGUUGUUUGAGAAGAAAUUUAAAAGUAUUUUCAUAUCCAGUUCGAAAACGACGUGAAAUGACAGUCAUGUUCUGUAGUAUUGAUAAUCUACUCAUUGUUGCCGAACACACCAAUAUCGUAACAUUAUUGAGAGUGGUUUCUGAAUUUUUAGAAAUUGCACACAAAUUAGUUCAUUUACAUUUUGGAACAGUGGAUAAGAUUAUGGACGGAACAAUUAUGGCAUUUUGGAAUGAAGAAUCAUUACCAUGUGAAUCGCAUGAAAUUAAUGCAUGUCGAGCUGCUCUCGAAUGUUUGGAAAGUGUUCAAUUAUUGGAACAGAAAUGGAUUCAGACAGGAUUUCCUCAAUUAGUGUUCAGUGCAGGAAUUAAUACAGGAGAAAUGGCAUUUGAAAGUAUGGGAAGUCCAAAACGAAUUCAAGUGACAGUGAUUGGAGAUUCUGUGAAUAUUGCUUCACGACUCAAUGCUCUAGCCUCUCAUUAUCAAUGUUCAAUUUUCAUUGGAGAGAGAACCUACAAGAUGGCACGAAAAGAAUUUGUAUGUUUGUUUGUCGAUUUCACUCAUCUCAAAGGAAAGCAACAACCACUGGCAGUCUAUCAUGUGAGAUGUUUCUUGAAAGAGGCUACUGAUCUCGAUUUGAGAUUUAUGAAUGAUACGAAUAGUGUACAAUUUUAUUUGAUUCAUCAAGAAUAUAAGAGAGUGGAACAAUUGUGUCGAAAAAUGUCCAUGUUGGAUGGAACUUGGCCAGUCACUCGAAUUUUGUUGAAUCGUUAUGUGUGA